AUGGGUCAUAAUUGUCCAUCGAAAUAUCGGUGUCUGCGAUGUAAUGCAGCGCAUCAUACAUUACUACAUGACCAUAGUGGAAGUGGUGGAGAAACUAAUUACUCAAAUAUACCGGAAAAGACCACUGAAGCGACUAAGAAAUACGCUGUCACAUCAAAUAAUACAUACAUUUCCAGUGCUAAUCAAGGUGCUCGAACUUUACAUCUACAGACUGUUUUAAUUGGCACUGCAUUGAUAGAGGUAAGGAGUCCUUCUGGUCAGAAGCUUAUUGUGCGAGCUCUUUUGGAUAGCGCGUCGGAAGCAACGUUUGUCAGCGAAUUCAUCGUGCAGCGGUUAAAACUGGACAAAACAAAUGUCAUAGUGCCGGUGAGUGGUGCAAAUGGUGAAAGGGUCGCUAAUUCAAGAGGAAUGGUUUCAUUUACAAUCCAUUCGUUAAAAUCCGAUUUCAACAUGAAUUGUGUUGCACUAAUACUUCCACGAGUGGGUAGCGUUACCCCAACCAUUCCCAUACCGAAAGAAGCGCUUGGUGAGUUCAUGAAUUUAGAUUUAGCUGAUCCUCAAUUACAGGUUCCGGGGGCAGUCGAUAUGAUUUUGAGCGCUUCAGAUUAUGCUGCUAUUGUCUAUGAGCGACUAAAACGGCAUCCAACUAACAAUAUUGUUGCCCAAUAUACGCAACUCGGUUGGGUAAUUUUUGGUGGACUGUCGCGACGAAAGGGUAUUUCAGUGAAAGGACAAGUUAAUUGCUGUCAUACUCGGGCAACAUUGCACGAAAUGCUACAUAAAUUUUGGGAAUUGGAAGAAAUAACAAACCACGCUCCGUUAACAAAAGAUGAAAUGUACUGUGAAGAUUUUUUUGAGCGUACAACUGUACGCAACGCAACGGGUCGAUAUGUAGUUAGACUACCAAUCAAGCAGAAAGCUGAUUUGGCAACACUUAAGUCAAGUAAACUAAAUGCACUUGCAUUAUUAAACAGCACGUUACAGCGAUUAACCCGAGAUCCGGAUAUGUACAAACUCUACCAAGAUUUCAUGGACGAAUAUCAGACCUGUGGCCAUAUGGAAGUGGUGCCACACUCGUAUGAUGUAGCUUCAACAUGUUAUCUUCCUCACCAUGGUGUCUAUAAAGCAUCGAGUUCUACAACGAAGCUUCGCGUAGUCUUCAAUGCUUCUAAUAAAUGUUUGAGCGGAAUAUCUCUUAAUGAUUGUCUGCAUAUAGGUCCCAGAUUACAAAAUGAUCUAUCAAAUAUCAUCUUGCAAUGGCGGCAUUACCCUAUAGUGUUUACAGGAGAUAUCGAGAAAAUGUACAGGCAAAUUCUUGUUGAUAGCAAAGAUGUGGAUUUGCAACGAAUAAUGUGGCGCGUUCGACACGGGGACGCCCCUACAACGUUCCGGUUGCUCACUGUAACAUAUGGGACUAAUUGUGCUCCAUAUCUUGCCAUCAAAGUAUUGCGUACUCUGGCAAAAGAGGAGCAAACUCGUUUUCCACGGGCAGCUGAAUCGAUUCUAAAUGAAUUUUACAUUGAUGACGUACUAUCAGGUGGAGACACUCCAAUCGAAGCUGCAGAAAAAUUGCACGAACUUCAGGAGCUUCUAGCAACUGCAGGCUUCACUUUACGUAAAUUUAAUUCGAAUUCAAAUGACGUUUUAAGCACUCUGACUGAGGACGUAAAAGCUCACGCCGACGAUGUGGAAAUUAACACCGAGUAUAAAACUAAGACACUUGGUCCUACUUGGUAUACAAAAUCCGACAGUUUUGGUUACAACGUCAAUGUAACUUGUGACAACCAUCAUUACACAAAACGACUAAUGUUGUCUGACAUAUCGAAGUUAUUUGAUCCACUUGGGUUCUUGGCUCCGGUUAUCAUUCGAGGAAAGAUGUUUCUGCAACAACUCUGGCGUACUGGAUCCGAUUGGGAUGAUCCCUUGUCAAUAGAGAUGGCAAACAUUUGGCAUAACUUUCGUAUUGACUUACAACAAUUACAUCACAUUCGAAUCCCACGUUGGAUAAACACCACUUCGACAAGUGCAAUUGAAUUACACGCAUUUGGUGAUUCAUCAAAUCAAGCAUAUGCGGCUGCAGUAUAUGCGAAAACAACCAUCGGUACGACCAGUUUUGUAAAUUUGCUUAUUAGUAAAACUAAGGUAGCCCCGUUGAAAGAAACGUCUAUACAACGUUUAGAAUUAUGUGCAGCAUUGCUAGCAGCAAAACUUCUACACAAGGUUAAAGGAACAUUUAAGUGUCAACCAUCACGCUGUAUUUUGUGGACUGAUAAUACAACCACACUGUGGUGGAUUAGAACUGAUCCAGGCAAAUUGAAGCAGUUCGUGGCAAACAGAGUGUCACAAAUUCAGUCAAUGACAAAUAUUGAAGACUGGAGGUAUAUUGCAACAAAGGAUAAUCCGGCUGAUUGUGCAUCACGAGGCAGUACCGUUUUGCAACUAAAAGAUAAUCUGAUGUGGUGGUAUGGACCAUCUUGGCUUCGCUUAAAUGAGAAAAUGUGGCCCAACCACCAAAUCAAUCAUACUCCUGACAGUUUACCUGAGAAAAAAGAGAUUAACUCAUUAACUACGCAGUUAUCAACAGAAGUGUGGGAAAUAUUUGGACGAUAUGCUACUCUUGAUAAAUUACUCGUAGUCGUGGCGCAAUGUCUACGUUUUAUUCAUGCGUGUCAAAAAAGGAUGCGUCGAGAUGAAAGUUUCUGCACUUGGCAAGAACGUUAUACGGCUCUUAAAAAAUUAGUAACAAUUGUACAAAGGACCGAGUUUACCAACGAUUAUGCUGCUUUACGGAAAGGCAAUCCAAUUAACAAAUCAAGUAAAUUGUUUAAAUUGAAUCCGAAGCUUGAUUCCGACGGAAUUAUGCGUCUAAAUGGACGACUGCAAAAUGCGAAUAUUCCUUCAGAUGAACGAUGUCCAAUGAUAUUACCCAAAUGUCAUGAUUUUACUACGUUGAUUAUUAAUCACGCUCAUAUUCGAACAUUACAUGGCGGAACUCAAACAACAUUAGCAUAUGUGCGACGGCAAUUUUGGGUUAUUGAAGGAAGAUCCGCUGUGAAGAGAGUGAUUAACAAAUGCAUUACAUGUUUUCGUCAAGCCUGUCGACCGCAAGCACAACUUAUGGGUAACUUACCUCCAGCACGGUGUAAUAUAUCACAGCCAUUCAUGCACACGGGCGUGGAUUAUGCUGGUCCAUUUAAU